AUGAAGAGCUCUUUUGUUCUUAUUCUGGUGCUUGCCGGUGCUGUAGCAGGGGCCAUUGAGAAGAGGAUUCUUGGGAGUAAGUCCUGUGGCAAGGAGAGGCAGUACCAUGUCGAGAUAGAAGCUACCCAAGGGGGAAAGGCCUGCGGAGGAGCUCUGCUUAACUCCCGCUGGGUCAUCACUGCUGCUCACUGUGCAGGACAGAAAGUGAAAGUGAAGCUUGGCCUUCAGUUUGAUGCGCCAUUUUUGAAAAAAAUGAAGAACUUCUUUAAAGGAAAGACCAUAAAAAAAGAGCAAGAAAUUGAUGUACCACAACAGUUUGCCCUCAAAGUAGAUGAGAACAGCUACGAUCUCAUGCUCAUAAAACUGAACGAAGAUGUGUCCUCUAAACUUCCCACCAUCCAUCUUCCUGCUGCUGAUUGUACAAGGCCAGAGUUAAAACAGGAGGUUCAGAUUGGAGGCUGGGGAGCAAAGAAGGCCGACAUGAAGAAAACAAAGACCAAAAAGCUGAUGUGUGCCACCACGAUGAUUGCCGACUGUGGUGACAAUGAUAAGCCUCAUAAGGACUACCACAGUGAUGAGAGCACCAUGUGUGCCUUUAAACCUGGUGUGGAGUCCUGUCACGGUGAUGCUGGUACAGCUGUGGAGUACAAUGACAUCUUGUAUGGCAUCAUCGUCAGCGAGCCUACAGAUAAGUGUGCAAACGCGAUUGUAAUGCUGGAUAUUUGUCCCCACUUGAAGUGGAUUGAAGACACCAUGCGCAACAAAUGAGUACACCCCACAGGUUAAUGCCGAGAUCACAGAUGGAAUUAAAAAGUACAUUUUAAUCUCUCAUCUUUUCUUUUAUGAGCAUUAUUACCUGUCAAAUCAAC